AUGGCUGGCACCGAAGGGACGUCGCUGGCCCAGCUGAUCGAGCGCGCGCCCGAGCUCGCUCUGCUGCCGCACACGCUGGAGCCGGCGCAGGGGCCGAGUCCCGCGAGCGCGCGGAAGAGGCCGCGGGGCCGGCCGCUGGGAUCGAGGAACAAGCCGAGGCCGCCGGUGGUGCUGGUGCGGGAGAGCGCGGCGGCGAUGCGGCCGGUCGUGCUGGAGCUGGCCGCCGGCUGCGACGUGGCAGGCGCGGUGGCGGCCUUCGCGCGGCGCCGCGGGGUGGGCGUGUCCGUGCUCUGCGGCCGCGGCGCGCUCGCCGCCGUCACGCUGCGUCUGUCGACCUCGCCCGAGACCUCGCGUGCGGUCCGGCUGGAGGGGCGGUUCGACGUGCUGUCGCUCUCAGGCACGGUGCUUCCUGCUGCCGUCGAGGGCGCGGGCACGCCUCCAGCACCGUUCUCGGUGUCGCUCGCGGGGGGCGACGGGCAGGUGGUCGGCGGCACGGUCGCCGGGGAGAUGACGGCCGCGGACGGAGGCGUCGUGCUGGUGGCCGCCACGUUCGUCAGCGCCGAGGUGCACCGGCUGCCCGAGGCGGAGGCCGAGGCAGUGGUCGAAGAAGCCGACGGCCGUCAGGAGCAGGAGAGGCGCCCGGCAACACCACCCCCGCCGCCUCCUCAGGCGCAGCAGAUGGUGGCGACGAGCGCCGCCGACCUGGGCCACAUCGCCGCCUACGGCGGUGUUCUUGGCUGGGCCCCCGGCGGCCAUCCGGGCCAGGUUGGGCACUACGCGCAGCAUGCCGAGCAGAUGAUGCUUUCGCCCUGGGCCCUGUUCCCGGACUCACGCGCCGCCCCGACCCAUCCUUCGAGUUCGAGCCAUCACCAUUACUUGUAGUACCAUUACCGUUCACCUUCGUUCUCCUCUUUACGUGGG